ACUACGAUAGCGAGCUUGCGCUGAAGCCACGGUCUGGUCACUCAAACGCGUUAUAUAUCGCCACCCUUCUUUCUCCCUGGAUCGCUGUUAUUUCCAAAACUCUUUCAAAUACCUGAUAACCAUCUACCAUACCUAUACAACUCUCCCACCAUCACUAAGCUCCUAAAGCCAAAAUGACCACCACCGUCCACGUCAAGAACAUUGCUGCCGCAACAGGCGACUCUGAAGUCAAGGACUUCUUUAGCUUCUGCGGCAAAAUCACCGAUAUCAAAGUCACCACUGAGGGCGAGACGAAAAGCGCAGAAGUCACUUUCGAAAAGGAGACUGCCAUGAAGACAGCUCUCCUCCUCAACAACACACAGCUCGGCCCCAACCACAUCACAGUCGCCAGCGCCACCGGCGAUUCUGAAGACGAUGGCUCUCACUUCGCUCGACAGGGCAACAACAACGACGAGAUUACCCAGGAGAUGAAGCCCCGCUCGCGCAUCCUUGCCGAGUACCUGGCGCACGGCUACGUCGUUGGCGACGUGGCGCUGCAGCGCGCCAUCGAGCUGGACCAGAAGCACGGCAUCUCGUCAACAUUCCUCAACAAGAUUCAGGAAAUGGACAAGAAGUAUCAGGCCACCGACCGUGCCAGAACCACCGACCAGACCUACGGCAUCUCCCAGCGCGCCGGCAGCUUCUUUGGCGGCCUGAGCAGCUACUUUGAAAAGGCCAGCAACACCCCUACUGGCAAGAAGAUUGCCCAGUUCUAUCUCGAAGGCUCGAGACAGGUGCAGGAUAUCCACACCGAGGCGCGGCGACUUGCUGAUCUGAAGACGGAGGAGCACGGCAGCGCAUACAAGGCUGCUGGUUUGGAGAGGGUCUUUGGCAAGGAGGCUGAGAAGCAGAAGGAGACGUCUACUGAGGAGAAGCCUGCCGCUCCUGCUGCUGCGACAUCUUCCACUGAUGCCAAGAGCGGUUAAGGCAAUUAGAGUCAGCUCACCUGUCGUAUGGAAUGGCUCCUGAUGAUUUUUUAAGCUGAAAUUGUUUGGUCUUAUUGUACUGAGUUCAGAUGGUGAUAUGGUUCUACGGUUUCAAUUCAACGGGCGUAGGAUAGUUUAGCGACGCAAAUAGUUGAUGCUAUGAAAUGAAAUGCAAUUAAAUGAAAUAUUGUACAAAUGCCAAUCUCUUCUUUAUCCUUUUCCCCUCCUUCAACCGGACAUUGCCCUAAGAGUUGAGCGGAGUCCCUGCGGGCUGAUUAGUAGCAGGUUCUAUAGAGUUCGCGCGACCUCAGUUAGAUUCACAGUUUCCUUCUCCCUUGGAAAACUUGUGUUCGAGUGCGUCGUCCAUUGGUCCUUUGGGGUUCGAUGACAGGCAAUCGAGUUGAUGGUUAGGAUCUAUCUCAUUUUUUUUGGUAGCAUCUGAUGCCUUGCCGGAUCCGGUGGGAUCCUGAAGCUGGCGGCCGGAUUGGCGUUCAGGAGGAGGAGACUCGCGACCUUCAGGCAUGAUGAAUUUUGGAUUGUUGUUUUGAUUGAUUGAUUGAUUGAUU